AUGGCCGCAGCAAUUGAAGUUCCCCAAAAGCUCCGACGUGCUACUUAUGUAAAGGUGAAGGACUUGACACCAGGAUCACAAGGUCAUAAUUUAGUGUUGCAAGUGGUUUCUGUUGCACCAGUUGUGGAGAAAAAGCGGUACGAUGGUGCUGUCUCGCGCAUUGCCGAGGCCAUGUUAGCUGACGAAACUGGAUGCGUCACUUUUACGGCACGAAACGAACAAAUUGAUAUUCUCAAGGAAGGACUUGUGCUCGUACUGCGUAAUACUAACGCUGACAUUUUUAAUGGAUUUAUGCGACUGAAUGUAACACAAUGGGGUAAAAUCUCAUUGCAUCCAGACGGUAUAUCAUCUACACCACCACCACCACCAAGUGUCAAUAUGGAAAACAAUAUCUCGGCUGUUGAAUAUGAAUUGGUCACGGUUGAUGAUGCAGAUGAGCAGCAGUAG